AUGGCUCUUCCUCGAGCUCUCGCGAGCACUAGCUGGCGAGUUGUGUCAGCCACUUCGACGGCGGCGCCCAGUCGCGCGGGCUUCCUCGCCUUGCGAUGCUAUGCGACUCGCACUGCAAAGACGACUACUACUGCGACUGCCACCACCCCGAAAGCCACCGCGGCCGCGAAGAAGACAACCACCACCACCACGAAGAAGAACGUAAGCACAGCUACCGCUGCAAGCAAGAAGAAGACUACGACCGCGGCUGCAGCUCCCAAGACGAGCUCGACCAAGGCCACCUCCGCAACUGCGAAGACGACCGCCGCUGCCGCUUCGAAUACAAUCCCCAAAGCCACAAAGACUGUCAAGAAGACAACUACUUCUGCAACCGCCGCGAAGACUACCACCGCGGCUGCGGCCAAACAGGCGGCUACGAACAAGGCCGCCGCCGCUCCCGCUCCCUCUUCCGCUGCUUCGAAGACACCCGCCCCCGUUCCAAGGCCUGCCGCGCCCACCACAAGCCCUGCGACAGCGACAGCGAUCACAGCGAGCGCACCGAAACCCACUUCGACGCCAAUCCCGACACCUGCCCCCACUCGACCUGCCGUUCCUUCAUCCCCUCCCCCGCCCCGUGCGCCGGAGCCGGAGGACCGUCCAAAGCUGAACCCGAAUAGCAAGGAGUACCGUAAGGCCUAUGGCACAGCGGCAAGGAAGUGGACCUCAGCCAUGGUCGCCAUGCCCAUCUUGCUCGUCACCUCCUACUAUCUCUUUGACAGAUGUGAGUACUACCCCGACCUGUCUUCUGGAAACUGUCACUAA